AUGGCUCCCCCAGCAGCAGUAUCGCCACUUUUUGUUCCUUCUGUUGGUCCCCCAUCCGACUUCCAUGCGUUGGAACCCAGUUGGGACACUGUCAACGUCGAGUGUUCGGGGUUGACCAACAAAGCCCUUACCAACUGGCUGCAGAAGGAGGGUAAGAGUCAACUAAGCCUUGUACAAGCUGCCUGGGCCCUAUGUCUUCGGAGUUAUACUGGCUCUGAGGAUGUGUGGUUUACCUGCUUGAGCCCUGAAAGGGACUAUCAUUGUCAUGUUUCGCCAGACCAAAAUGUUCGAUCCCUGUUCGACCUUCAAUAUGUUGAAUCGAUGGGACAGAACCGUACAACAUUUUGGGAUGCCGUCUCUGUUGUCCUGUCCAACGAGGAACUGAUCGAGGUUGUAGACGGAUCCGCAAUAUUUGACCUCGCUGUAUGUUUCUCACAAAGGCUGGACACACGUCUUUCCAAUGUGAAGAUAUACUACAAGUCACACAAGGUCCUUCCCGACAUGGCCGAGAUGAUCGCCGCUACAGUUGCCAAGUCAAUCGAGGAGAUUGUCACCAAUAUUGACUCUCUGAUCAAUGAUCUCGAAGUGUGUAGCGAUCUGGACAUCAAUCGGCUUACCAGAUGGAACAUCCUAUCAGUUGAAGAAGAUCCCAGACCAGAACCCAUCCACCGAGUCAUUUCUCAAAACAGCACAUUGCACCCCACAUCCAUUGCCGUCUCAGCCUGGGACGGAGAAUUCACAUAUCGAGAGCUGGACCGUCUCGCGACCGGUCUCGCAAUAUGGCUCCAGCAUCUGGGUAUCGUAGGCCCAGAAGUCUUUGUUCCGCUUGUCUUUGACAAGUCCAGAUGGGCAGUUGUUGCACAGUUAGGCGUUCUCAAGGCCGGUGGUGCAUAUUUCUUCAUCAACCCAUCUCACCCGGUCCAGUACAGUCGCGAGCUAUGUUCAUCUUUGAACCCGCUUGUGGUAGUGUGCUCAGCAAACCAUAGUACAAUUGCGAAAGAGCUCGUUUGCGAAGCCAUUGCUAUCGGGGACCAGGUUCGUGACCUUUUGGAGUCUAUACCUGUGGACGAUGAUUCUAGAUCACCAACAGUCAACAUAAGCACGUCAAAUGCUAUGUAUAUCACGUUUACAUCUGGAACAACGGGUCAACCAAAGGGAAUCACCACAGAACAUUCUGCGUUUUACUGCAUGGCUGUGGCGAACGCCAAAGCCCUUCAGAUCAACGACAAAACGAGGAUGUUGCAGUUCGCAUCAUAUUCCUUCGAUGUGAGCAAUCGCGACACACUUGUCACACUGAUGUUUGGCGGUUGCGUGUGCAUUCCAUCAGAAUCUGAUCGUUUGAACAACCUUGCAGGUUUCAUGACACAACAUCAAGUGAACCUUGCUAGCUUGACACCCUCUAUGGCCAGUACUCUCAGCCCAUCAUCAUGCCCCACACUCCGAGGACUGGUCCUUGGAGGUGAGCCCAUGACAGAGAGUCAUAUCUCGACAUGGUCCAGACAUGUACAGCUUUUCAACGCAUAUGGUGUAAGUGAGAGUACUGGUAUUGCAGCGCUGGCGUCAAACUUCAAGCCAGGUGUUUCGCCAAGCAACAUUGGGUAUGGUUGUGGUUCCAGGUUAUGGGUUGUUGCAAUUGAUCAGCCUGACAAGCUGGCACCCAUCGGCGCACUGGGUGAACUUGUCAUUGAAGGUCCAUCUAUCUCACGUGGUUAUCUGGGUGACAAGAGUCGGACAGACCAGCACUUUACAUCAGAACCUACAUGGAAGAAGCGGAUCUACGAGGAAUACGGUCAUCGUCACUCUGGCAGUCGAACAUUCCGUACGGGAGAUCUGGUGCGGUACAAUCUUGAUGGGUCUUUGCAAUUGGCAGGAAGGCGAGAUCAUCAAGUCAAGGUCAAUGGGCAGAGACUUGAAUUGACAGCGGUUGAGCAUCACAUCUCAACAUGUCCGCAGGUGUCAGAAACAGGCUUCUCUCACAUCGCUGUUGUUGCUGUCAAGGUAGGGAACAACGGGUCCACGAAGCUUGUUGCCUUCCUAGGACGCGACACAUCCAGAGAGGCGUUUACUCCCGCUCAGAUGGUACCCGAACAGCUAAAGCAUAUGGAUAGCUUGAGGACGACUCUUGAGAAAUACCUUCUGAUGGACUUACCAGCAUUCAUGGUUCCGUCAGAGUUUGUCUUUUUGCAACAUAUGCCGCUUACAACAUCCAACAAGCUCAAUCGACUUCUCCUACAGAACACGGCUACUCAAGCACUAUCGGUCCAUCAAUCUGAGAACCUGAAUGGUCAUGAUGUGGGUGAUGACAAGGGACCAUCUACCGAGAAUGAGAGGGUGCUUGUGGAGACUUGGGUUGUGUUACUGGGUAUCAAGAAGUCGGUCAUCUCACGAACUGACUGCUUCUUUCGACGCGGUGGAGACUCCAUGGCUGCCAUCAAGAUGGUAGCAAGUCUCCGUGAGGCAGGUUUCAGUGUGUCCGUAUCUGACAUCUUCAAGACAUCAGUAUUGUCAGAAUUGGCCCGGGCUAUGAUUCGAACAGAUGGGUCUUUCUCUGCAACAAUGCCUGUCGUAUUCUCUAUGCUUGAGGAUCCCAGCCAAACCGUUGACUCGAUCGCCCGAGAGUCAGGCCUCUUGGUCGAUGACAUUGAGGAUGCAUACCCAUGCACACACAUGCAGCAAGGACUUCUCGCUUUGACGGCGCAGAACUCGCGGGCAUAUAUCGGCACAUACGUCUGGCAACUUGCUUCUGGGGUUGAUGAGAAGCGGUUCAUGCUUGCUUAG